CUUCCUCUAACAGUUGUCUUUUUCCUUCUUGAUCAGACACACAGAGAUGGCGGGCAUUAGAAUAACAAACCUUCAGAAUGUGAACAAACAGCAGGGAUCUGUGCAGCUUCGGGUUAAAAGUUCUCAAAGCUCCGGAGACCGGUCGAGUCAGUCCAAGUCCAUGGUUCUGCAGGAUUCAGAGCCUCCUCCAGCUCCGAUUUCACGCCAUCGCAGGAAUCAGUCUCAACACAACGUCAUUAUGGGAGGAGGAGCGGCGCUGUUCGAACCACCAGUGAAGGUUAAAGGAGAACACCUGAACAUGGCAAAAAUCUCAGACGGAAGGAAAAAGCAGCGGAAGAACUGGACGUUAACGUGGACUGUACUGACCUCAGACCAGCUACUGUUUUAUAAAGAUAAACAACAACAAACUGCUCUGAAACCGACCAUAGAUGAGAUUCAUCUGAGUGGAGCUGUGAUCGACUGGAACUCAGAGAAAUCCAGCAGGAAGAACGUCUUCCAGAUUACAACAAACACAGGCAGUGAGUAUUUGAUGCAGACAGACAGUGUAUCCACAGCCAAUAAAUGGUACGAUGCGAUCCGACAGAACAUCAGCUCUGCGACUAAAGCUGCCGGAGGUCGUCCCUUGUGGAGGUCCAACAGUACCGAGUACCUGCCCAGACACAGCUCCUUACCUGGAUAUGGAUCUGGAUCUGCAACUACCUCCCCCAAACCACACAACCAGGCGCACAGACGCUCCAUCAAUGUGUUUGGUGGUUCGAAGCUGAAACACAGCAGCUCAGACAGCGCCGACAAGAAUGGAGUGAAAAACAGGUUGAAGAAGUUCAUCAGCAGACGCCCGUCCAUGAAGACACUGCAGGAGAAAGGCCUCAUCAAAGAUCGGGUUUUCGGCUGCCAUCUGUUAACUCUCUGUGAGCGAGAAGGAACUUCAGUGCCCAAAUUUGUUCAGAUUUGUUUGGACGCCGUUGAAAAGCGAGGGUUGGAGGUUGAUGGGAUCUACAGAGUCAGUGGGAAUCUGGCCACUAUCCAGAAACUGCGCUUCAUAGUGGAUGAAGAAGAAGACCUGGAUCUGGACCAGAGUCAGUGGGAGGACAUCCACGUCAUCACUGGAGCUUUGAAGAUGUUUUUCCGAGAGUUGCCAGAACCAUUAUUUCCCUUCAAGUUCUUUCAGCAGUUUGUGGAGGCCAUCAAGAUCAAAGACCCUAAACAGAAAGUUCACGCUGUGAAGAAACUGGUUCAGCAGCUGCCAAAGCCCAACCGGGACACCAUGAAGCUGCUGUUCAACCACCUGCACAGAGUUCUGGCCUAUUCCAGGAAGAACCUGAUGUCCACUCAGGGAAUCAGCAUCGUGUUUGGCCCAACACUCAUGUGGCCUGAACUGGAUGCAGGAAACAUGGCGGUCAACAUGGUCUACCAGAACCAGAUCGUGGAGUUCAUCCUCAUCGAGAACAGUGAGAUCUUCAGUCUGUGACCGGACCUGAUCAUCUCAUGGACUGUGUCUGUCUCCAACACAUUGACAGCAAAUGUAAAUGCUACAUUCCUCAUUAAAAUCCCUGACAACCA